AUGAAUUUACAUUCGAAUCCAUUUGCUCCAGCGCUAGUGCUCGUUUGGUGUUACUGUGUAUUGACUGAAACAGUUUUCACGAAUUUCACUUUGCACAAUGACGUGCACUCCAGUUUCAUCCACCGACGUCUAAAGAGCCAGGAGCGCAGAGAGAUGCAGCGCGAGAUUCUGUCCAUCCUGGGACUCCCGCACCGGCCCCGGCCGCAUCUCCACGGGAAACACAACGCAGCCCCGAUGUUCAUGCUGGACUUGUACAAUGCUAUGUCCACCGAAGGAGACGAAGAGGGCUACUCGUACCCAUUCAAACAAUUCUUCACAACGCAGGGACCCCCGAUCGCAACUCUGCAAGACAACAACUUCCUCAACGAUGCCGACAUGGUCAUGAGCUUUGUAAAUCUGGUGGAGCACGAUAAGGAGUUCCUACCUGUCCGGAGGCACCACAGAGAGUUCCGCUUCGAUCUGUCCCGAAUCCCAGAGGGAGAGGCUGUGACAGCUGCUGAGUUUCGCAUCUAUAAGGACUACGUCCACGAGCACUUAGAGAACGAGACCUUCUACAUCAACCUCUACCAGGUGCUGCAGGAGCAUUCUGACAGGGAAUCAGACCUCUUCCUCCUGGACAAGCGAAUUAUCUGGGCUGCAGAGGAAGGAUGGCUAGUGUUUGACAUCACUGCAACCAGUAACCACUGGGUUCUGAACCCAAGCCGGAACUUUGGCCUGCAGGUGGCCCUGGAAAAUGUGGUCGGUCAGAGUUUGAACCCUAGGGUGGCGGGGCUGGUCGGCCGGAGCGGGCCUCAGAACAAACAGCCCUUCAUGGUGGCCUUCUUCAAAGCCACUGAGGUCCACAUUCGCAGCAUCCGUUCCACAAACAAUAAUAAGCGCAACUCCAACCGAUCCAAGAAUCCAAAGGGCCAGGAGGCUAUUAAAGCAGCUAACAUUGCAGAAAACAGCUCUGACCAGAAACAGGCCUGCAAGAAGCAUGAACUGUAUGUCAGCUUCAGGGACCUGGGCUGGCAGGAUUGGAUAAUUGCGCCGGAGGGCUAUGCUGCAUACUACUGUGAGGGUGAAUGUGCCUUUCCUCUCAACUCCUACAUGAACGCAACCAAUCAUGCCAUUGUGCAGACGCUGGUGCACUUCAUAAACCCUGAGACAGUGCCCAAGCCCUGCUGUGCUCCCACCCAGCUCCAUGCUAUCUCCGUCCUCUACUUCGAUGACAGCUCCAAUGUCAUCCUCAAGAAGUACCGCAACAUGGUCGUGAGGGCCUGCGGUUGCCAUUAG